CAGAUGUAAACAAAAGGACGGUCCCAAUGGCAGCAGGACGCAGCGUUCUCGUCGUUCAGAGCGACUGGCACGACUCUCUGAGGGACAAUGACAGUACGGCAUGGAUCUUAAGAAAACCCCUCGGAGGUAAAGCUGAAUAUGGCAAAGUUGGGGGCAGCACAUCUGACGGUAUUUUCACCGUUCAGUCUCGAACAGAGAGGACUAUAUCUGUAACCCACAAUUCAACAGGGCUGACUACUGUUUUCAUUGCCCCUGUUGCUGUGUUUGGUGGUCUUCAUUCCAAAAGUGUGAUCUGUCUUGAUGUAGCAAAUGGAGGCCUUGGAAUAUCAGUAUGCACAGACAACAAGCUUGUUGUGUGGGAAACAGAGACCGGAAUUGUACGAAGAUCUCUGGACGGCCAUCUAUUUGAUGUCUACACUUGCUGUCUCUUUCCUUCGGGCAUCGUUGUAUUGUCUGGGGGUGGAGACAUGCAAAUGCGCAUCUGGGAUGCUGCAACUGGGUCGUGCCCCGUUAUCCUUAAGGGCCAUACUUCUGCAGUCCUUGACACUGCCAUAGUCGAUCGUGGAAAAAACAUUAUUUCUGUGAGCAAAGAUGGUACCGCAAGACUCUGGAACUGUGGUGCAGCCAAGUGUAUUGACACGUUGCUUUCAGCAGAGUCUGCUAUCAAUUGCUGUGCAAUCACCGAUGUAACUGGCCUCAUGGAACUUUCCACACCAAUGGAGGAUCCAGGUGAAUUAGAACAUUGCACAGCAGGGAAGUUACUCCUCGUGGGCUGUGAAGACGGGAAGGUCUACGUUGUGGGAGUAGAAAGUCGAAUUGUCCUCUGUUCAUUUCCACUGAAAGAAAACAUCUUGUCUUGUUGCUGGGCCACACCUACCAUAGGUGUAGUGGGGCUCAGCGAUGGUCAACUGGUAAUCAUUGAUGCUGUGGCAUCUUCAAAGCGCCCCCUAAGCCACGACAGUGCCUCUUCGGUUGAGAGCCUCGCCGCCUACAAAGGAGGGGUGCUGGUUGGAAGGCGCGACGGACUGUGUCAGUUCUAUCAUCUCGACGGAACCAGUCCCUACCAGCUGACCGGUUCCGACUGCGAUCCGAUCUACAAGAUCUCCUACGACUGCAACAACAUAUACACGGCCUGUCGAGACGGGAUGGUCAGAAAGUACCGAGUCAGGGACCUGAAUGUCUAGCUAGUGUAGUUCUGCGUGACAAUACGUGACAAUACACAUUGUAACGACUUGCACACUCUGGCUCAUGCUCGUCGCUAAAGAUGAACACCAAAGAUCGGAAGGUUUUUUUUAUACUGUGCCCACACUUGAGAUAUUGGAGAUUUUGAUAAAGGUUUCCACUUUCUACUUAUUGAGAGACCUCUGAGUAAAUGCCCUUCAGAGGUAUAAACUAGACCCCAUAGUUUCAAGAAAUGCCCCAAAAUUAUCCUCAGUAAGUUGCUAAAUGAAUAUUUCCUUUCAAUUGCAAAUCUAAUUGGGAAAUACUAUGCGAGUUAAAUUAGUUUUUUGAUACUCUAGUAGGUUUGUAUAGUAACUGGCAACAAGAACAUUAUAAAAUGCUCAAUGUUUAUGCAAAAAAUCAGUCAUUGUUCAUGGCAAUUACAAACUACUGCACUUAUUCAGUAGUUUACCAGAGUAAGCAAGCAUUAUAACUUACCAACAGGCAAUUGUGUGAUUAAUGCAUAGGAAUACAUUUCUAAUGUCUUUCCCACAGGUAAAUCAACAGACUGGUCUUGGAACCAGAUGAUUUCUCAGCUUGAAGUUCUGCAGAAAAUAUUUAUUUUGUCACACACACGACAUAAGUUGAUCCGUGUCCAACUCGCAGUUUGAUAUCAAUGUUUGCAGCUGAAGAUGAAAGUUUGUGCUCUUAUUCACAAUUUUUGUGCAGUUUAGUCAUUUCUUCCUCUUAGUACAGGAAGAAGUAGGUUGUGGAAUUCGAAUUUGUAUUUUGUACAUUUCUUAUUUCCAUUUUGCUGUAUUUUACAGAGUUGAGCUUACUCUUUUUUUCUUUUUUUUUCAUAUUGAUAAAAAGAUUCAGGUUUUCAAAAGUGUACCUCAUUUGUUUUUGCAAACAUUGGAUCUGAAUUACAGUUGGGCAAUCUCUCUACAUCAGAUCGGAUGUUUGGUGAUAAUGAUAAGCCUUACACUGUCAAUAUUGAAAAGUAUAUGCACAAUUUGGAAUUCAGUGUUCAUGCAACUGUUAUCAAGAAUUUGGCUUUGUAACCGAAGCCUGUAUGGCUAUUAUGUGUGUUUUCAUUCAUACACAACUUGCCUCUGGACAAUCAGUAGUGAAAGGUUAUAGAAAACUGGCUAAAAAAUGUUGAGGAGAUUUAGCAACAAAUAAGAUUUGGAGUGUUGUUACACAAGUUUGAAAUAUUCGGUACGAGAUUUUUACCUGUUUAGGAUUAUAUUUGCAGAUUAGGAGUCUUGUAUUUUGUAGGGCAUUGGGACUGUACAGGUCAGUCAUCUUCUCAUUACAAGCUGUGUCUGAAACCAUUAUACAGUUAUGGAGACACCACAGUUAAUAAUGUACGUAUAAUUAUACUUCGGAGACAAUGGAAUUGAAAAAUAUGUCCAGACAGCAAUUUCAAAAUAUCGUACUCGUAAGUAGUAUUCGAAAACCACGCUAGGUCGAAUUCGAGUCGAAGUGUAACUUCUGGGUAAUCAUGAAGGCUGUGACUUAUAUAGUAAAAAUAAAAUGUGUAUGUGCAUUUGAA